AUAUGGUCCUUUCAUUUUCCGCUAUCAUUUUAUCAUGUUCUUCUUCUCACUAUGAUUCUGCGAUAUUAUGUACAAUGUGUUCCUCAGCAUCGUUCAACUGUUGAGUUUCUUCCUGGUUUUGAUGGCCCUCUUCCUUUCUAUCUUGAGACCGGAUAUAUUGGACUUGGCAAAUCCAAGGAAGUGCAACUAUUCUAUUACUUCGUUAUGUCAGAAUCCGACCCGAAAAAAGACCCGAUCCUGUUAUGGCUAUCGGGAGGGCCUGGUUGCUCAUCCUUCACAGGGCUGGCUUAUGAAGUUGGUCCAUUGUCUUUUGCCCAAAAAACAUUCAAUGGAAGCCUACCGAUUCUCGUUUCAACUCCAUAUUCUUUGACAAAGUUUGCAAGCAUAAUUUUCUUGGACCAGCCAGUAAAUACUGGAUUCUCUUAUGCAACAACUUCAACAUCAUCCAAGUGUACUGAUAUACAAGCAUGCAAUUAUGUCUAUGAGUUUCUACUAAAGUGGUUCAAUGAUCAUGCAGAAUUUAUUUCGAACCCUUUCUAUGUUUCUGGGGACUCAUAUGCAGGCAUUAUAGUGCCAGUUAUUGUUCAACUAAUAUCAGAUGGAAAUGAAGCAGGCAACAAGCCAUUAAUCAACCUUAAGGUUUUAUUAUCCCUUUCCUUUCAUGUAACAAUGUAUCUCCUAAAUGGAAAAGAGAAAGGGUUUAAAUUUGCUUCUGUAGUAUCCUCAAUUACUUAACUUUAUCCUCCGUUAGCCUUUUAGUCAAUAAAUACCUUCACGUCAGUAAUUCAUCUUGUAUCUGUUCAC